UUUGUUGUUGUUUGGCCUAUAACAUAAAGAAACUAUGUAUAUUAGGUCAAAAGUGUACAGAUUAGGUCAACAGUGUAAACACAUAGUUCUUUUAAAAGACAGCUUGUAAUGAAAUAGAAAUGGACGUAAAAUGGCUUUUCUUUUGGGUCCUGGCGAUAGGAAUCUGUAAUGGUCAAGGCGACAAUAUGGCUGCCUUGACAGCAUUGGUAAAAGAAAUGAAAGAAGAGAUAUCUGCCAUGAAAUCUGCUAUGGUUUCAGGAUUUACCAGUGUAUGUCCACUGAUAGCUGCACAAACCAAACCAAAGGACUGCAGAGAUCACCAGUUACUUGGGAAGAAUGUUUCUGGUGUGUAUAACAUAUACCUACCAGAGUCGAAAGAGAAGAAGCAGGUUUUCUGUGAUAUGGAGACAGAAGGUGGCGGAUGGACGGUUAUACAGAAACGGAGAGAUGGUACACAAAACUUUUAUACGGGCUAUAAUGAUUAUGAAGUAGGGUUUGGGAAUGUAACAUCAGAGCACUGGCUGGGGAACAAAAACAUCUAUACAAUCACAAGCAACGGCGAAUAUGAAUUACUAGUUGUGCUGACCGAUUUUCAAAAUACUACCAAAAAGGCCAAGUACAGCUCUUUCAGUUUGAAAGGUCCAACAACCAGCUAUGAGCUUGAAGUUUCUGGAUAUUCUGGUGAUGCAGGUGAUUCCCUUGCAUUUGACCAUAACGGACAUGCCUUUUCUACUGCUGAUCAUGACAAGGAUGGAUCCAAGGACAUAAAUUGUGCUCAGAAACAUCACGGUGGGUACUGGUACAGUGGAUGUUUUAAGUCCAAUAUAAAUGGAUUGUGGGGCAAACCUGGUGAACAGGGAAUAAUUUGGGGAAGCUAUCAUAGCUGGCAAAUGUAUGUUCUAAAGGAAACCACCAUGAUGAUUCGACCAACAGCUUUAAAUUGAUUCAUCCUACAGUCUACAGUGGAAUUUUAUAAACCUUGAUGAUUAAUACCACAAACCAGCAGACAACUACAAGCUUAUUUUAAUAACUGUAGCAAUCUAUCGGUUCUAUUGCUAAUAAAUAUACAAUGUAA